AAUUACAUCUUCGGACGUGAACUGAAGAGAAUUGUUGUUAUAUUAUCCAGUUGCUUUGUCUAUAUUUACAAAAGUUCCAAAUUUAUGGACGUAUUUUACAGCAUUCUAACACCGUUUCACUACAAAUUCUUAAUCCUUUGCCAACAUCGAAGAUGAGGGUUGGCCCCAGGACAUAUUUUGUCUUCAUUCUGGUUUUAUUUAUUGGGAUAUUGAGCUAUUUUGCCUCCUCUACUGACGAUAAGGUUAGUAUAUAAAAAUCUGCAUUGAAUUUAUUCUAAGUACCCUAUAAUUUCUGACAAAGCUUAUUUGGAAUGCUAUUUUGUGGAAAUGUUGUAUAGUAUUUUCACUAUGGUUUUAUACGGUUUCAUCUUUUAUAUAGAAGAAUUCUUUAAGCGUACCAAAUGCUUAUCUAUUUGUGUCUACGAUUGAUGGUAGUAUGCACGCUGUAAGAAAAACUACAGGCCAAGUGAAGUGGUCUUUCAAAGAAGGCAAGUUUAAUUAACCUCGAGAAAAGUUUAUUUUAAACUUCUUUUAACCAUAGAAUUAGACAGUUUUGGAAAGAAACUAUAAAGUGUAGUAAUAAAUGAAUAUAUUGAAUGAAGAUUUUGAAUGAAUAGUGAAGUAUAAAGGAAAUUACAUUUGUAAUUAUUGGCAUUCGCGAUUGUCCGCUUUUUAUGAUCUAUAACAGAAUACAGCCACUUGUUACGGCAAGCUGGUUAAACCUUUUGUCUUGUGCUUUUGCUUAGAAGCGGAACUAAAGCCAAAUUUUUACGAGCUGUAGUUCACUUUUAAGCAAAUCCAUUCCAUUGUGCUUUCACGUGCACUUACAACAAGCUGUUGUGUUUAACUAGCUUUAUUUUUGUUUAUAUUAAACAGCAGACAUAGCCGUAUCAGUUUAUAGAAAGCGUUCUAAAUUAUGCAUGAAUAGUUUUAGUCAAAGAUCACACCAAAUUUGAGCCGAAAUUGCUUUCAUUUAGAAAAAUAAUAACAUUGUUUACUUCUGUGGAACUUUUCUGGUGAUUUGUACUAAACUUCUACAAAAGAACAGCCCGUUAUAAUUGUUGUUUAUUGUAAGAUCCCAGCUGCUCUAUUGUAUACAUAUUGAAUUCGGAAAUUCCCUUCCCUAUAUUUUUGCCAUCUAAGCGAUAUUAUGGCACAAUUACUGGUAUUAAUUUUGAUUUGUUAGCCAAUCUUAUAUCACCUUGAACAGGGCUUAACUUUUAUUGAAAAGUUAUAAUCACAGUGUUACAGUAAAGAUUUCUAAUUUUUAAUUGAAAAAAUCGUAAUUAGAUUUCUUCAUAUAUGUUUGAUAUUUAUUUAAGGAACGAUUUAAAUAUGUAAUGAAUUGCAAGUUGCCAGGCUGAUGCAAUAGAGGACCAGAGGCCAUAUACUGAAAAAUUAGGAUUAGAUAUUGAAAAAAGGAUUGAAACUUGCAUGAUAAAUGCUGAAACCAGUGGUUUACACUAUCAAAGUUACUGUGAUCACAGGAAGAAUUUUUGCAUAGGUAAAUUCUAAGUUUUGAAGGAUUUGUAAGAAACGAUUGAGGGAACUGUCUCAAUGUUUACAGAGUCAGUUCAUUCCCGCAAUCAUCUCUCACAAGUCCGUCAUAACUUAGAAUUUGCCCAUGCAAAAUUCCUACUGUGAUCACAGAAACUUUGAACGUGUAAACCAUUCAAUAGAGUGUCUAGAAACUGGCAGAUUCUGCCCAAUCCAAUUUAAUGUCCAUCAGUUUAGAGACCCAAAGAUGUGAAUUGAAUCCUAAGGAAAACAAUAAAUUUCCCAAGCGCAUAUUAGUGAAGUUGUGACCCCCACUAUUGUGAACAUAAUUCUUCCUCUGUGGGGUUGAGAUCUAUUAUUAGAGUAUGGCCUAAGUUCCCAUUUCCUUUUUUGAACAUACAUAAUAAUAUACAUAUAAAACAGAACAAUUGAAGAUAAGCAGCACUAUUGUCACAGUUGACAAUUAUUGUCUCUACCAAUUAGACAUGUGUAACCUACCUGAUUAAAGCCCCGGAUCAAACGAGGAUGAGAGUUGGCAGUCACACGACCUUAGUUAGCUGUUCUUAAUGCUUUCCCAACACUAUCAUGUAUUCUGUUUAAGUUAAAACAUAGUUGGAACAUUUAUCAAACAUUUAUUUUGUUAAUCUAGAGCUUGAAGUGUCCCUGUAACAAUGUGUGACUGCCAACUCAUGUUUUACUGGGGCUUAACAAAACCAAUCUGAUGUGUAGUGAGUGUAGGCGGUGGAAGUCAAAUCUGGGACUUCCUUAUCAAAACUUGACAUCUGAUGUAUUUCUAGCUAUGUACCAUUUAUAGCAUACCACUUUAUGUAGUACAUCUUAUGAUUAAUACCAUAAUAUUCCAAAUGUUCCCGAAUACAUUUAUAAAUUGUAACUCUUAAAUUAAUUCUUUACAUACUAUUUAUCAUGUAUAGAUCCUGUGUUGCAGUCAACUUUUCCUUUAAGACCAGGGUAGGUUAUCAUGUACAGUAUAGUCGAAUUAAUGAAACUAAUUAAAGAUUUGCAACACUCUACCCAAUAUCGAGUUUAUAAUGACGUCAUAAUAUCAGUUGACUGAGUAAUGCUGUUUAAUUAAACAUAGUCCUUAAGCUUUUAGAACUUUUAAAUUUGCAGCUUUGAAACUUUUGAAGAGCUUGCCAAAACUAUUGCCAUGAAAUGUGUAUGAAAAAUUGCUCCAAGUUGGAACAAUUUUUCAUACACAGUUUGUGGCGAUAGUUUUGUACUUUAGUAAGCUAUUAUACUUUAAAGUCCGGAAUAGUGCAAGUUUUGACUCUUGUAUAAUUUUCCUGUAUAUAGGUCAGUGUUUGUCCCUGAUCCCCAUGAUGGAAGUUUGUAUGCCAUUGGUGCUAUGCCUGAAGGACUCAAGGUAAUUAAAUGAUUGCAUUUUCUAUUUUAAGAACUUGCAACAGGCUGCUGAGAUUUUUCAUAAUAUGUACAGUACCAGCUGGGUCCCAUGGUAUCCAUAAUUAAGGAUUAGGCUUGGGCGGUUUUGCUUAAAAUUAAAACCGAAAAACUGUCUGAUUCUAAACCGGUAAAACCGGAAAACCGUUUUUUUCCCUUUAAUUUGUAUUUCAACUGAAUGAGGAGGAAUUGUUGUAUUUUUUUGACAUAAGCAAACGGACAGAACAUGACAAAACGCAAAAUUGUGUAAAGGUAACCUAAAACGACUUCAGUUUUAAAAUAAAAGGGUCAAGAACGCAUUUGAAAACUUAUACCUCUUUAGUUCUUACCGACUUUACGGAAAAAGAAUAUAAUUUGUAUCUAGUGUCAUGUAAUUGUGUUUAAUUAGUGUCAUGUUUUGAGAAUUAGGAUCGAGUUUCGGGCGUUGACAGUAAACAAUUUCGUAAUGACGGUUUUCCGGUUUUUGUAAAAGCUAAACCGAAAAAAACGGUUUGAAAAUAAAACCGAAAAAACCCGAAAAACCGGUAAACCGCCCAAGCCUAUUAAGGAUACCACUUCAUAAUUGGUAUCCAAACUGAAAAACUGGUAUAUAACUUUGAUAUGAUGCCAGAAUGGUGGUGUUGUCAGAAUACUAGGAUACCUCAAAUCUCAAAUUCUGUGUAUUUUAUAUUCUAACAUUGAAUUAUUAUUAACUCUUUAGAAAUUACCAUUUAAAAUCCCAGAGUUGGUUCAAGCUUCACCAUGUAGAAGUUCUGAUGGCAUGAUGUAUAUAGGUGUGUUACUUCUCUGAUUAUUAUAAAUUUAAGUCAUAAAUUUAACCCAUUGAGCAUUGAGUGCCAGGCUCUCUACUUGAAGAGUAAAUACGUACUAGUUCAUAAUUAAUCAUAAGGCAUUUGUCAUGUAAUUUCAGGUCGUAAAUCAGAUGUCUGGUAUGCCAUUGAUCCAGAAACGGGAAUAAAAUUACAGACACUGUCUAUUGAUGGUUCUCAGACUGUGUGUCCUAGUAUGACCAGUGGCAAAGCUCCCAUAUUUCUGGGCAGAACAGGUUUGUCGCUGUGAAAAUAUCAAGUCAAUAAGAGACUGCCCUUACAGGACCUCGAGAGAGAACAGUUUAAUAGAACUAACACAUACAAAUAUUUAAAUAAAGUUAGUUUAGUUUAGGUUUCCUCCUAUAGUAAUACUGGAUCAAUAAGAGAUGAUCCUUACUGGACCUCGAAGGAGGAUAAUUUAGGCAUAUGAUUCUUAAAAAGAUAGUGAUUAACCCAUUGAGCCACAAUGCCCUACUUAUUUUUUUACUUGUCUAAUGCCAGAUGGCUUUACUCAUCAAUGGGGUAGCUCUGCACCUUAAUGGGUUAAUACUUUUUUCAUAUUGUUAUUUUAGAAUACACUGUAACAAUGUAUGAUGCUAAAACCAGAGAGAAAAGGUAGGCACAUCCAGACAGCAUGAAGUGGAUUGUCUUUCAAUCAAAUUUGUGUCAAUUGCAAUAAAUAUUUGAUACUAUUAUAGGUGGAACACAACAUAUUUGGACUAUUCCUCGGCCAUUGCAAAUGACUAUGAGUAUGGUAUGUACUGUAUUUAUAGUAUUGUACUGUACUCAUGAAUAGUUGACAUUAAAGUCCAAUAAUAGACAGAAUAAGCUCAUUUUGAUCAUUUAUGAAUUUUUCAUUGUUCAGAUAUGUUCCACUUUGCAUCGAGUUCUGAUGGCAGGGUUGUCUCAAUGGAACUUGACUCAGGUAAACUGAAAUUUCAUGUAUUAAAUAAAUAUAGAAGAAUUAUUUACAACUGUAUUUCAUUGUUUGGAUUCUGUUUCAAGACCUCUUAACUAAUUAAAAUUCAAUAAUUUGACACCACAUGCUCAUUACUGUAGGUUAAUUUUACAGGUUUUUCAAUGUCAUUAUUUUGCACUUCAAUGUCGCUACUCCAGUAAUUUGAAUGGUGUUUGAAUUUCUUCAGGAAAAAUAUACUGGGAGAAGAAGUUUGAUUCUCUAGUGGUUGGGAUAUAUGAAUGGAACGGAGAUAGUCUACUGAAAGUUCCUGUCACGCACAUUGCUAAAGAAACAUUAAGAAAGCUGAUGGAAAAUAUGACCAUUACUGAUAACUCUGGUGACAAAUUCAUUGACUCUGGGGAGUUGUAUUUUGAGUAAGUAAUUCUAGUUUUGGACGGGAAGAUUAAGGAAAAUAGCAAAAACACUAUUUAAAGAUGGAAGACCUUAGGUGUCAAACAGACAUUGUGAGAAAAAAAACCCAUACAGUAUAGCUUGAAAUCAACAGGUUUUUUCUGGAUUACAGUCGAGUGUCCACAGACAAUGUUCUGUACUCUUUUCUUGACAAGUAAGUAAGUAAGUAAGUAACUGAAUUAUACAAUGGCUGAUUAUGUAUUCCAUUUACUCUGCCUGGCAAAGUGAGAUAAACUUUCUUCCAAUUUUUAUCCAAAUUUAACCAAAAUUUAAAUGGGCAAUGUCCAUUAUUUAAUAAUACCACAAAUUUUUGCAUUAAUAUGUUUGAUAGUUUUAAGUUAAUUGUGCAUUUGUAUGUGUGUGUUUAAGGGGAUGGUUGUUCAAAGCUGGGUUAGCUUAACCCUAGAUUAGCCUAAAAUUCAAAGUAAACUUCCUGACAGCUUUUCUAUAAAUUUGGAACUAUUUCUUCAGAGAUCUUGUCUGCAUCGAUAGGAGUUUACUUCUCUGAAGUUUUGAAAUAACAGACGUGCAGAAAUACACAAACUAAAACAGCAGGUUAAAUUUUAACCCAGGGUUAGCACUAACCCACUUUUGAACAACCGACCCCAGGGGCACACACACAUACAAAUGCAGAUGGAAACAUAAAUCUCCUGUCGGAGAUAAUAAUAGAGAAAUGACUCGUUUUUGUUUUAGUGCUAGCUUAUAUGUUGGUGAACAUGAGGGAAAACCGUAUGCUCUACCAUCUGUGAUAGAAGAAGGAACACCACUCAUUGAGGUAUACUAUCAUUCAUUAACUGCAUAGAUGCUUUGAUAGAGAGCUGGAAAAUAUGUAUUAUUUCUGCUUGGGACUUGGAUCGUGGUAAUGCUGGUUCUGGUCCGUGGAAAUGGACCUUUAGAUCUAAAUAAAAUUUACACUUAAAAUCUACAAAAGCCUUCAACAUUAGUUUAAACGAGUAGUUUAGUUAGGCGCUUUCGAUCAUUUUUGUAUGUAGAAAGCGCCAUAUAAAUUGUCAAUUAUUAUUAUUAUCGAGUGUGCUGACCAAAAAUCCUGUAGUAACAAAGGUGUGUUACUUUCUAGCGAUAUGGACGACUCAUUGAUGGUCCACGGGAGAGUACUCCCAAACCAACUCAGCCAGAUCAGCCGCCUGGGCACGCAUUCAAGAUCACGAUUGGCGGAGUGAAUUUGAAACUUAAGAACGAGAAACAGAACAGGACACCAGGCGAGAUUGAGGAUCAAGCAGAGAAGAAAAGGGAUAAACCUAAUACACAGAGUGAGGGCAAUAAAACACCUGUUGCGGUUGGUCAUCAUAAAGUACCCUCUAUCACUCCAAGGUUCGUACCACUCAAGUGUUAGGUAGAAGAUAUUGGGCUCUUGCUAGUGAUGUCACCACGCGUAUUUGUUGACUUCCGCCAUUUUUCGGUGACAAAUUAAAAAUAAUUAUUAAAAGCAAACAUGGCGUCAAAGUAAGAUUGUGGCACUGACUGUGGUUUGUUUUUUGUGAGCAUUUUGAAGAGUUCUAAUGCUCCACAGCUGUGCCCCAAAAUGGCGAUCAUUUUUGAUGAUACGUCAUUCUGCAAGACCUGAACAGUCAAUACUUUUUCUUCAUAACUUAGUUGCAACAAAUGUUUUUUCUACUGUGAAAGCCUGAUAGCAUUUUAAUAAACUAUGUGAAGUUUACAUCUGCACCACACCAAUAAAUGUCUGCAGCAAAAAAGCCUUACCUAAAUUUGUAGCCCGAAUUUUUCGUGAAGUCAUGUCCAGGAUCCAGCUUAUAUCUCCCUCGUAUUUUGUCUUCAGAUUCAGAAUCACUCACUUGGCAGACCCGUUCUAUCCUGAUCCCCAGACAACUGAUGAUUAUUAUGAUGAUGAAGAUGAUGUUGGUGUUGGUUUGAGAGAGAGUGGUGGUAAAGAAAGUAUGUCGCAGGAACAAGUUAUGGAAAUGUUAAAAAUGCAUGAAAGAUUGUUGUAUACCAUCUUGGCAACCAUUGGAAUUCCUCUUGUGAUUAUUAUUAUAUUUUAUAUCGAGGUUGGUUAAUUGUUUUAUAUUGUUUGUUUGUUUGUUUGUUUGUUUGUUUGUUUUGUUUGUUUGUUUGUUUGUUUGUUUGUUUGUUUGUUUGUUUGUUUGUUUGUUUGUUUGUUUGUUUGUUUGUUUGUUUGUUUGUUUGUUUGUUUGUUUGUUUGUUGUGAUGAUGGUGGAGGUGGUGGUAUGGUGAUGGUAGUUGUAAUAUUGUUGGUGAUGGUGCCGUGGUUAUUUGGUGGUGGUGAUGGUGAUUAUGGUGGUAGUGAUGGUGAUGAUGAUGGUGAUGACGAUAUAAUGAUGAUGUAUUGAUUCACCUGUUUUUAUCUGUUUAUAGAAACGUAACACCACACCAAAUGUCCCACCUGAUGUACCUGCCAAUCCUGCUGGUUUUACUGCGAACUCAUCAGAACAGGAUAACAUAAGUGCGAGUGACGAUGAUAGUAAGGACCUCAAAGUGAUUUUUGGUUUAGCAUGACAUCACUUCAUAAUAGGUCUUUGUUCCACUGUUAAUAGAACUAAGAACUGUAUUUGUUCAUAUUAAAACUGGUCACCUUAAACCUAAAUUGAAGCUUAAUUGUUUUAGGUUCGUCUGGUUUAAUUACAGUGGGCAAAAUUUCGUACAAUCCCAAAGAUUUACUCGGUCGAGGGUGUGAGGGGACCGCAGUGUACAGGUAGGUACAUAGUUUGUAAGUUCUGAAUAUAAUAAACUAUUAUUGCAGAUAUAGCAGAUAUAGUUAGCAGAUUAUAAUAUAUUAGUGCAUAUAUUACUUACACUAGUUAUAGCCCAGAAAAUAUUUCAACCAGAUAUUCGUCUAUGUUUUAGGGGGAAAUUUGAGAACCGCAGUGUCGCAGUCAAACGAAUUCUACCAGAUUGUUUCAGCUUCGCCAACAACGAGGUAUAAUCAUUGACAAUCGAUUUUAUAGCGCGCCUCUUAUACAUAUUACACACAUAUACUCAGUUUAUUUUCUUUUAUUCUAGGUUACAUUGCUGAAAGAAUCCGAUGAGCAUCCGAAUGUCAUUCGCUAUUUUUGCACUGUAAGUUUGGUUAUGAUCACAUGUUCCUGCACUGACUGCUUUGAUAUAACUGUAUUUACUAGGGCGUGUUUCUGCACUGAUCGCAUGGAUAUAACUGUAUAGAAAUUAUGCAUGGGGGAUUAUAUAUUGAUGAUAUAACACCCUAGUAGAAUAAGUUGAUUGACAUUCCCUAACUUCAUGCGGCGUAACAUUCAAAUUCAUUGUGGAGAUAUUAUUUAUUCUCUACAAAGUAAUAAUACUUGAAGUGUAUUUUACUUUCUGUACAGGAAGAGACUCCUCAAUUUCGAUAUAUUGCGAUAGAGCUGUGCGCAGCCACCGUCCAAGAGUACGUGGAGGAUUCCACAUUUGAUCGUCACGGCCUUGAAGCGAUCGAGCUGAUGGAACAAACCAUGAUGGGUCUUAGUCAUCUUCAUUCAUUAAAUAUUGGUAUGCACUUAGAUCAUUUAAUUCUCAAUUUGUACCACCGACCCUGUGAACAUCCUUGUUCGAAUCUGAUUUCAUCUCGGUCCAACAUGGGAAGAGUGUGAUUUUUGCAGUUUUUUCCCCCGUUACUGUCCAAUAAGAGUUGAUUCUUACUGGACCUCUAGGGAGAACAACUUAGAAGUCCCAGGAUUAUCCAGUAUAAUGCUAGUUUAGUUCAGGUUUCCUCUUGUAGUAACACUGGACUAACAAGGGGAUUACUUCUACUGGACCUCCAGGGAAAACACUGUAGCUAUCAAGUAUAAUAUUAAAUUCAGUUUAGUUUAGGUUUCCUCCUGUAGUAACACCAGGCCAAUAGUUUAGUUUAUAAUUUUCCUGCUGCAAUAACUAAAAGAACACUGGACCGAUAAGGCAUAUUAUUUACUAGCCUCUAGGGAAACUGUUAAUUUAGAACUGACAGAGCUAUCCAGUAUAAUCUUAAUACUAUAUAUUCUACAUUUCAGUUCAUCGUGACAUAAAACCUCACAAUAUCCUCAUAUCAAAGCCAAACGCCAAAGGUGAAGUUAAAGCAAUGUUAUCAGAUUUUGGCCUCUGCAAGAAACUAGCUCAUGGUCGACAUUCACUGACCUCGCAGUCUGGAGCAAUAGGCACUGAUGGAUGGAUUGCUCCGGAGAUGUUUCGACCUGAGUGUAAAAUGGUAAGUAGAAUGAGGAUUGUGAUGAUAAUGGUAGUGGUGAUGAUGAUGCUGGAGAAUGGAGAUGAUGGUGUUGAUUAUGAUGAUGGUGGUAAUGAUGAAGGUAUUGUAGUGGUGGUGCUAAUAAUUUUGGUGGUGAUCGUCAUGGUGACAAUAAUAGUGAUGAUGGUGAUGACAUCAGAUGGUGAUGACUUUAGAUGAUGAUGGUGAUGACUUUAGAUGAUGAUGAUUUCAGGUAUAAUAAUGACGAUGGCAUCAGAUGAUGGUGGUGGUUGAAGUGAUGCUUUUGGUUUUGAUGGUGAUAGGGGUAGUGGUCGUGAUGGUAGGUGGUGAUGAUGACAGUAAUAACUGUCGUGAUGAUGGUGGCUAUGAUAUGCAUUAUUCUAUAAUUCUAUAUAAUUCUUCGUCCUUUGACGAUCGCUAAUAGCAAAGUCACUGUACAAUGUUAAUAUAAAUUUUCAUUCUCUAGACGCGAGCAGUGGACAUAUUUUCUGCUGGAUGUAUUUUCUACUACAUCCUGUCUGGAGGUCUACAUGCCUUUGGUGAUCGCUUCAAGCAACAAGCGAAUAUCAUCAAUGGUGAUUUUAAUAUCGAUAUGGUUAAAGACUGCGAUGGUAGGUGAUUCAUUAUUUUAAUGUAGUCCCAUGAAUAUGCAUAUAACUUCAUACAUAUUUUUCAGCUGGAGAAUUUACGUCGAAGGAACUUCUUAAACAAAUGAUCGAGAGCGAUGCUACAAAAAGGUAAACACGACUUGUCGAAACUUGCAACGAAGAAUUCCGUUAGGGUUCUGUUAGUUUAAGUCACAACAUGAUUUCAGUAAAAAUAGAAACAGGUUUUACAAACAGCUUCAAUCGAAUUUUGAUUAUCUGGCCCAUUAAUUGUGUGUUCUAUGAAAAAUAGAAGCGUGUGCUUCUACUGAUCGACCUUAUGUUGAAAUUAUUGUCUUUCGUACAGGCCCACAGUGCAUAAUGUGUUAAAACAUCCAUUUUUCUGGUCCCGAGCAAAACAGCUGGCAUUUUUACAGGUAAUACUCGUGUAUAACAGACUAUAUAUUUAAAGCUUUUCUUUUUAUCAUUUGUCUUAACUACUUUCAUACAAAUAUUCAUUUUGUUUGUUCUCAAAUGUAGGACGUUAGCGACAGAAUUGAGAAAGAAGAUCCUGAGAUGUCAUCAUUAUUACGAGAAUUAGAAAAAGAUUCAAUACGAGUGGUACGCGGGGAUUGGAAUGUACAUUUAGGAACAGAGUUACGUGGAGGUAAGAAAGAUGCUGAUAUCCUAAUGACCGUGACCCUAACCGCACCACUAUUCCAAGCUCAAUUGCAGAAGUAGAAAAAUGUGGGGGGUUUUCUUUCUAGUGAACCUGGGUUUAGGGAUCAAAAUUUUCUGCAAAAUAUUGCAAUAAAUAGGGGAAAUAACAAAAUUGUCAUUUGUGGCAAGAGAAUGAUCUUUCUGCUUUAUUUAGAUCUUCGAAGAUUUCGCAGUUAUCGCGGAGAACUUGUGCGAGAUUUACUGCGAGCCAUUCGUAAUAAGGUAGGUAGCUAUUUGUCGUCCAUGGUUGUUCCACCCUCUGAAACUUUGGGAUUAAUUUCGAUCUAAAGUAUGGAUAAAGGUUUUUGUUUGGCAGCUGCUAAACCAUACCAAACCAACUUUAUUUGAACUGGAUCAUUGAUCUUUUUCAGUUCUAAACUUUGUCACUAACAUUGACUCUUAUCUUUUUUUUUAGAAACACCAUUAUCGUGAGCUACCGGAAGAUGUCCGGCGAUCACUCGGCAGUGUUCCGGACGGUUACGUGAAAUAUUUCACGUCGCGUUUUCCACGCUUAAUCAUGCACACUUAUAACGUUCUAAAACCAUACAAACACGAACCUGUGUUUAACACGUACUACGACCUCAGACCUGACACGAACGACAAUGUCAAAAAAGCGACGGAAAAGGUCUCGUGAUUUUGCUUGUCGUCGCUUUGGUGAAUUUAAAAAGAGUCGUAGAUAUCUGGCUUUUGUCUGGUGGUAGCGAAUUUGACGAAGACAGAAUUAGGAUGGAGCGAUAGAUUUAGAAUGGUUUUAUCGAAGUUUUAAAACCGUUAUUUAAUGUCAAAGAGACUAUUUAUCGGUGGAGGAGACAAGAGGCAAAUGUUGAAACCUUCAAGAGCUAUGGAGGAAAAUUACUUACCAGCGAGUAUAUGUGAGGCGGGCGAGACUGUGGUCUACAACCCAGCCCGCAAGGACGAUCUACCCGCGAGGCGGAAGAAAUCGGCUUCCCGCAGUCAAUCAAUGCAUGGUCUGGAAACACGGUCUUUGUUCUAUCGUUUUGUUCAGUGGCGGACACUUCACAAAAAAUAUUGGGAGGCGAAUUUAGGUUCCCACCCUAUUUUGUUGCUGGACAUUGUAGUUGUUGAAAUUUUGUUGCCUUAAAAUCCAUGCAAUAUUUGGCUUUAUUCAUAGCCAACGUACGUACAUACAAUUUAUGGUUGAAAAAUUGUUGUCACAGCUUUGUUACACAUUAAUGGUAAGGCUGUCAAAAAUUGUUGGCGGGGUGCUGGCCUAGUGUCCGCCACUGCUUUUGUUCAUGUUUAUGCCGAGUUGUGGAUGGUGAAACCAGGGACGUAGCCAGCCCCAAACAUGUGAAGGGGGUCUAAUGCAUGGUCCAGGGCGGACCCCCCCCCCCCCCUCGUGGCUACGCCUCUGGGUGAAGCGAUCAUGUAAUGGCAUUAUCUUGUUGAAUCACUCAACCGUACUGUUGAAAUAUUAACUAAAAUUUCAAAGGUUUUUCACUUUGAAGUUCACCAAGCCGGUUUCCAGACCAUACCGAUUGACUGGCAACAAGAAAAACGAUGUAAACUGAUCUGCAGAACUGAAGAACUCUGCACUUGUAAUUUGUAAUGUCAUACAUAGGUCAUACGUAAAUAUUUUAAUGCACCACACAAUAAGCAAUGAAAUAAAUUAAAAAUAGUACACAAAA